CCAGCAAUGAAAUAAUCCGAAAAACUAAACGCAUACUCCAGAACACCAAUUUAAUCACAAAGUGCCUUCCAAAACACUGUAUUGACAUAGUGUCUCAACAUCUGUAAUUGAUUGGAACAUUAUUGUCUCAUCAUUCACAACUACCGUUAUCUUACAAACAACACACUGACAGACAGCUCAUUCAUUCACAUGUUUCUUUUAUCAGACGGCCAGAUUCCAUUCACUGUUUCCUGUCGAGGAACUGUGUGUGGGUGAAGGAGUCGGCCCAGUCCCCUGUCCUGCUCUUCUUCUCCAGGAACAGGCCCAUGCUGUCUCUGGGGGGGUCUGCGAUGCUGCGGCUCCACAGUGGCUCUGAGGUCCCCAGCAGCUCACGCACAUGGGCAGAGAUGGCCUACAGGUGGGCACAACACAGCGAGGAGGAGCUGAGUCAAACCGUAGGUUACUUAAGCAAUAAUGCACGAGGGGGUGUGGUAUACGGCGAUUAUACCACGGCUAAGGGCUGUUCUUAUGCACAACGCAAAGCGGAGUGCCUGGAUACAGCCCUUAGCUAUGGUAUAUUGGCCAUAUACCACAAACCCAGAGGUGCCUUAUUGCUAUUAUAAACUGGUUACCAACGUAAUUAGAGCAGUAAAAAUAAAUGUUUUGUCAUACCCGUGGUAUACGGUAUUGCGUCUGAGCUCCUAGAAUGUGUGACUCUCCUUUUAUUUUUCAUAUGGUCUGAUAUACCACGGCUUUCAGCCAAUCAGCAUUCAGGGCUCGAACCACCCAGUUUAUAAUAACAUAUUUAUCACAGAUUACUCAAGUGGCUACUCUAACAAUGAAAAUAAAUGUCUUGAAAAAUGGAAGGCAGUCUGGAGAAGGCAAGAUCAGGUGGGACCAUUCUAGCUGUCAGCCAAUCAGCAUUCAGGGCUCGAACCACCCAGUUUAUAAUAAAAUAUGUGUCACAUUCAGUAGGGUACGUUGUAGAACGUUCAGAUAGAAAUGUAUUGCAUUUUAGAAUAGACAUGCCCCUCUGAAAUGUAUACACUCUUAGAAAAAAAGGUGCUAUCUAGAACCUAAAAGGGUUCUUCGGCUGUCCCCAUAGGAAAACCAUUUGAACAACCCUUUUUUUGAUUUGAUUUGAUUUGAUUUUGGUUAUAGGUAGAACCCUUUUGGUUCCAGGUGGAACCCUGUUGGGUUCCAGGUAGAACCCUUUCCAAUGAGGGUUCUACAUUGAACCCAAAAGGGUUCUACAUGGAACCCAAAAGGGUUAUCCUAUUGGGACAGCCGAAGAACCCUUUUGGAAUCUAAGAGUGAGGAAGAAAUGGCAGCUCUGUUCAUAGUAUUUCUAUCUGCAAUAUCCAGUUCGUUGCCCACUCCUAAUUACAGGGGUGUUCAGGGCUGAUAACCCUAACUCCCACAAGCAUUAAUAAUAGGCUAUAAAUGAGAGCAUCACCAUGCACAUUAGACAUAUAAACCCUGGACCAGUUGAGCUGCUAUCACCUGGUGAGUUGGCCUAUGAAAUAUGAAUUAUUAUCUGUGCUGCAUCUGAUUUUCUGUAUUUGGCUGUGUAUGAUAUAGCAUGUUGUGCUGCCCAUCAUGAAUAAUUAGCCUACAACUGAGAUGGGAAGAUUGCCCAAUGUUUUCUUAUUUGGGUUGGAACAAUCCUGCACACAUUCAUGUUGGCGCUCCCAGGACAUUUUAGUGCAGAGAUUACUGGAGUCUAGCGUAUUUCUACUUUCCAUUCAGACUUUUUAAUAAAAUAACUCUAUUGAAAUUAAAAGUAAGAGUCAAAUAAAAGCUUAGAAUUUGAUAGCUUCGUAGCACCAUCUCCUUACCUUCAUAUCCUCAAAGUCUGUGAUUCCUAAUCUUGGCAGAUAGCGGCAAUUUACAUAAAUCAGCUUUUUACCUGUGAUGAUGUUCUCAAUGAAACAGGCCUGGGUGGAUAAAGACAGAGUUGUUGAAUAAGUGUCUGUCUAUCACCAAAGUAGCCUACGCCUAGACUGCUUCUGUCUAAGCCACAUGAUUAUAAAGUUACUCUGAUGUUAGGCUAGAUAAAAUAAAACUGGAAAGUUACUUGGCAUUGUGAAGAAAUUAGUAACUAAGUUACUAAGUUGUUAACUUAAUAUAUGAUACUAGCUUACUCACUGUAUAAUGUGGAUAUCCUAAGGAUCUUAUCCAUUUUGCCACGUCCUGGCAACUCCAGUGAAGGAACGCCAUCUUGCCUGUGUGUCUGUUCCCAUAGAAACUGCCACCUGUCGGGAAAGGUACUAAUGUAUCUCAUUGUUCCAUUGGGACAUAUUCCUUUGUUCGCGCAGACAUUUAACAUGUUAGGUAAGCAACAAAAUACUUUCAAAUGUAUCCUGAUGUAAUUUAUUUAUAGCAAUUAAACUCAGACCAAGGUCAACAUAAAACGUGUCUGUCACAUUAUAGAAAGUGGAAUCAGGAAUAAAGUAAUUUAGUGACUCAUUGAAUAUGCUCUAUUCUAUUUAUAUUAUAAUGUUGUUGUUUUUUGUUUGUUUUUCUACCUUGUCCGAAAAAAAUACCCUUGUUCUCGGGUGCACCAUGAUAGAGUUUAUUUUUCGCUCAGUUGGAUAAGAAAAAAAGUUGUGUAAGGUAGAAUGAUGGACUCUAAUUGGGACCAAUGAAAGACAUGUAACAGAGCACUAACUUCGUGUCAGCGACGAUUGGUCCCUAUCAUUAAAGGCCAUCCAAUGCGCUUCAUACAAUUUGGGGAGUUAUUUCGUUUUCGCCAACUGAUUGGUUUUCUUCCACGCUUUUGUCCCGCCCAGGUUGGGUCCUCUUCACCGCAAUCAAGAAAACCCAUUUCACAGACUGUUAAAGCAUCUGCUGCACUCGUCAAUGUGGCUCAACUUCGCUGUCUCCAGUGAAAGAUCAGAUAAAAGGUGCAGCGUUUGCUCUUUCUACGUCCUCAGCCUGUUUGACGCCAUGAUUGUGUGACUGCUAGUCAGCUAACCCUUUCUAGUGGAUAGAGGUGUCUAUAUUUUGGGUCUCACCAGCUGGGGUGUCCGUAUAUUGGGCUAAAAGCAAUCACAGUCGCUUCAACCAUGGCAGGGAUUCUAGCAAGAUCGUUAUGGAGAAAAAAGGUAAACCACAUUCCUCGUGCAGCUUUUCUAAAUGCAUUGUUUGUUUGAAACUUGAGUGGCUAGCUAGCUAUCUUGCUAGAAUGGCACGUUAGCUAGAUCGCUAGCGGUCGCCACACUUUUCGAUGUCGAAGCAUGCACUUAUAAUUAUUUCCCCCCUUGGCAUUACAACAUAUAGCUAUUUUCUGUAGCAUGCAAUUGGACGAGUUAACGUUAACUCGCGAGGUCAACUAGUUAGCUACAAUGCUACAUAGUUAGUUAGCUUAGCUAGUUGGCUUGCAGAAGUUUAGGCUUUUGGAUCUUAGCCAAUGGAAACUUCACAUUGAAAAGUGAUCCUCAUGUGUUUUUUCUUUUAAAGGCACCCCUUAAGAUGGGUCGCAUUUGUUAUUCGUCAUCAGUGGUGAGUUAACGUCAUGUAAACAUAACUACAUUUAUGAGUGGUUGUAUGUGUAACUACAGAAGACUUGUAUUAGAAUACAUGCUCAUACAAUCUAGACAUGCACAGAUAUGGUGGAUGACCAUUGUCCCCCUGUGCUUUUGUAACCUUGCAGCCCACCACCAAGUUGUUAAUUGACGGCAAGUUUGUUGAGUCAAACACCUCAGAAUGGCUGGACAUUCACAACCCUGUAAGUAUUACCACAUGGACACACACACACACACACUCACACAUCACAACAGGAGUUCAUACAAACCCCCAAAAGCAAUGUAUAAACCGGUCGGAAAUUGCAGAUUAAGAACUCUUUAGGGUGUCAUUUAAUAUGUAUGAUUUGCAAAGUGUAGAAAUGGGAGCCUAUUCUUCAUUGCCAGUUCAAUUUAACCUUGACAUGUUUAUGCACUCACAUUCACUAACUCGGGCCUGUCUGCAUCUACUUCAUGUAAACUUACAUUUUUACAUUUUAGUCAUUUAGCAGACGCUCUUAUCCAGAGCGACUUACAGUUAGUUUAUUUUUCUUACUGGCCCCCCUUGGGAAUCGAACCCACAACCCUGGCGUUGCAAACGCCAUGCUCUACCAACUGAGCUACAUCCACUUGUCAUUUUCUUGCUUUUGGCAAGGCAUCAAUACAGUGCCUUCGGAAAGUAUUCGCACCCCUUGACUUUUUCCACAUUUUGUUGUUACAAAGUGGGAUUCAAAUGGAUUUAAUUGUUGUCAAUGAUUUACACAAUACUCUCAAUGGAAGAACAAUUCUAUCAUAAAAAAAAUACUACACUAAUCUUGAUUAGAUAAGUAUUCAACCCCCUGAAUCAAUACAUGUUAGAAUCACCUUUGGAAGCAACUACAGCUGUGAGUCUCUAAAAGCUUUCCACACCUGGAUUGUGCAAAUUUUGCCCAUUUAUUAUUUUAAAAAGUAUUCUAGCUCUGGCAAAUUGGUGGUUGAUAUUGCUGGACAACCAUUUUCAGGUCUUGUCAUAGAUUUUCAAGCAGAUUUAAGACAAAACUGUAACUCACACCACUCAGGAACAUUCACGGUCUUGGUACACAACUCUAGUGUAGAUUUGGCCUUGUGUUAUAGGGUAUUGUCCUGCUGAAAGGUGAAUUUAUCUCCCAGUGUCUGGUGGAAAGCAGACUGAAGCAGGUUUUUCUUGGGAAUUUUGCCCUUAGCUACGUUUCUUUCUUUUUUUUUUUUUUCCUGAAACUCCCCAGUCCUUAACGAUUACAAACAUACCCAUAACAUGAUGCAGUCACCACUAUGCUUGAAAAUAUGGAGUGUGGUACUCAGUAAUGUUUGGGGCAAAUCCAAUACAACACAUACUUUGUAUUCAUGACAAAAAGUGAAUUGCUUGGCCACAAUUUUUUUUGCAGUAUUACUUUAGUGCCUUGUUGCAAACAGGAUGCAUAUUUUGGCAUGUUUUUUUAUUCUCUACAGGCUUCCUUUUCACUCUGUCAAUUAGGUUAGUAUUGUGAAGUAACUACAAUGUUGUUGAUCAUCCUCAGUUUUCUCCUAUCACAGUCAUUAAACUCUGUAACCAGGGCCUAAAAUGAACACCUGCCAAAUGCGGAUAGAUUCUAGCAUUGGCAGUUAAGAUGUCUAUUUCACCAGCCACGUUGGCGGGUGGUCAGGGCUCCACAGUGUGAGCAUUUCACUCGCAUUUGUGAAUAACAACACGCAAAUUAAAUACUUAAAAAUCAUACAAUGUGAUUUUCUGGAUUUUUGUUUUAGAUUCCGUCUCUCACAGUUGAAGUGUACCUAUAAUACAAAUUACAGACCUCUACAUGCUUUUGUAAGUAGGAAAACCUGCAAAAUCGGCAGUGUAUCAAAUACUUGUUCUCCCCACUGUGUGUGUGUAUGUGUAUGUGUGUGUGUGUGUGUGUGUGUGUAUAUAUGUAUAUAUAUAUAUAUAUAUAUAUAUAUUACUGCUCAAAAAAAUAAAGGGAACACUAAAAUAACACAUCCUAGAUCUGAAUGAAAUAAUCUUAUUAAAUACUUUUUUCUUUACAUAGUUGAAUGUGCUGACAACAAUCACACACAAAUUAUCAAUGGAAAUCAAAUGUAUUAACCCAUGGAGGUCUGGAUUUGGAGUCACCCUCAAAAUUAAAGUGGAAAACCACACUACAGGCUGAUCCAACUUUGAUGUAAUGUCCUUAAAACAAGUCAAAAUGAGGCUCAGUAGUGUGUGUGGCCUCCACGUGCCUAUAUGACCUCCCUACAACGCCUGGGCAUGCUCCUGAUGAGGUGGCGGAUGGUCUCCUGAGGGAUCUCCUCCCAGACCUGGACUAAAGCAUCCGCCAACUCCUGGACAGUCUGUGGUGCAAUGUGGCGUUGGUGGAUGGAGCGAGACAUGAUGUCCCAGAUGUGCUCAAUUGGAUUCAGGUCUGGGGAACGGGCAGGCCAGUCCAUAGCAUCAAUGCCUUCCUCUUGCAGGAACUGCUGACGCACUCCAGCCACAUGAGGUCUAGCAUUGUCUUGCAUUAGGAGGAACCCAGAGCCAACCGCACCAGCAUAUGGUCUCACAAGGGGUCUGAGGAUCUCAUCUCGGUACCUAAUGGCAGUCAGGCUACCUCUGGCGAGCACAUGGAGGGCUGUGCGGCCCCCCAAAGAAAUGCCACCCCACACCAUGACUGACCCACCACCAAACCGGUCAUGCUGGAGGAUGUUGCAGGCAGCAGAACGUUCUCCACGGCGUCUCCAGACUCUGUCACAUGCUCAGUGUGAACCUGCUUUCAUCUGUGAAGAGCACAGGGCGCCAGUGGGGAAUUUGCCAAUCUUGGUGUUCUCUGGCAAAUGCCAAACGUCCUGCACAGUGUUGGGCUGUAAGCACAACCCCCACCUGUGGACGUCGGGCCCUCAUACCACCCUCAUGGAGUCUGUUUCUGACCAUUUGAGCAGACGCAUGCACAUUUGUGGCCUACUGGAGGUCAUUUUGCAGGGCUCUGGCAGUGCUCCUCCUUGCACAAAGGCAGAGGUAGCAGUCCUGCUGCUGGGUUGUUGCCCUCCUACGGCCUCCUCCACGUCUCCUGAUGUACUGGCCUGUCUCCUGGUAGCGCCUCCAUGCUCUGGACACUACGCUGACAGACACAGCAAACCUUCUUGCCACAGCUCGCAUUGAUGUGCCAUCCUGGAUGAGCUGCACUACCUGAGCCACUUGUGUGGGUUGUAGACUCCGUCUCAUGCUACCACUAGAGUGAAAGCACCGCCAGCAUUCAAAAGUGACCAAAACAUCAGCCAGGAAGCAUAGGAACUGAGAAGUGGUCUGUGGUCACCACCUGCAAAACCAGUCCUUUAUUGGGGGGUGUCUUGCUAAGUGCCUAUAAUUUCCACCUGUUGUCUUCCAUUUGCACAACAGCAUGUGAAAUGUAUUGUCAAUUAGUGUUGCUUCCUAAGUGGACAGUUUGAUUUCACAGAAAUGUGAUUGACUUGGAGUUACAUUGUGUUGUUUAAGUGUUCCCUUUAUUUUUUUGAGCAGAGUGUGUGUUCUGAAAGGCCCCAGUCUGCAACACCACUAAGCAAGGGGCACUUUUGGUGUUCGCCAAAAGGCAUUUGGGAGAUUCUCCAAACAUAUGGAAGAAGGUACUCUGGUCAGAUGAGAGAAAUUGAGCUUUUUGGCCAUCAAGGAAAACGCUAUGUCUGGCGCAAACACCUCUCAUCACCCCGAGAACACCAUCCCCACAGUGAAGCAUGCUGGUGGCAGCAUCAUGCUGUGGGGAUGUUUUUCAUCGGCAGGGUCAGAAUUGAAGGAAUGAUGGAUGGCGCUAAAUACAGGGAAAUUCUUGAGGGAAACCUGUUUUCAGUCUUCCAGAGAUUUGAGACUGGGACGGAGGUUCACCUUCCAGCAGGACAAUGACCCUAAGCAUCCUGCUAAAGCAACACUCGAGUGGUUUAAGGGGAAACAUUUAAAUGUCUUGGAAUGGCCUAGUCAAAGCCCAGACCUCAAUCCCAUUGAGUCUGUGGUAUGACUUAAAGAUUGCUGUACACUAGCGGAACCCAUCUUGAAGGAGCUGGAGCAGUUUUGCCUUGAAGAAUGGGCAAAAAUCCCAGUGGCUAGAUGUGCCAAGCUUAUAGAGACAUACCCCAAGAGACUUGCAGCUGUAAUUGCUGCAAAACGUGGCUCUACAAAGUAUUGACUUUGGGGGGGUGAAAACUUGAGCGUGCAUAACAAUUGUUUUUUUGGUCUUAUUUGUUGUUUGUUUCACAGAAAAAAAUAUUUAGCAUCUUCAAAGUGGUAGGCAUGUUGUGUAAAUCAAAUGAUACAAACCCCCAAAAAAUCCAUUUGAAUUCCAGGUUGUAAGGCAACAAAAUAGGAAAAAUGCAAAGGGGGGUGAAUAAUUUUGCAAGCCACUGUACAUUGUUUUGUUCACAAGCUAGGUUGUUUUUCUAUGUUUGAGUUUCAACUGCUAGGGAAGAGAAGACCGCUUCUACUAGUCAGACUCAAUCUCACACUAUUACGGUAGCCUCCCGCCCUUAAAGGGGCAGGUGAACAUUUUUGUAUAAUCUGUGAUACUGUAUUUUGGUUAAAAGACUCAGGUCACUACAAAAUGUAAUUAAACAAUAUACCACAAGUUAUUUCUUACUAGUAAUUAAUACAUUUUAUUGUUUUAGCAACAAUACCAAGUAUGUUCAUCUGUUUCGAUGCUGUAAUUUUAGAGGCCCCAAAAUAUUUUGCCUGGUAAAUUUGUGGCUGGUAGAUUGGACCAAAAAGUAAAUGUUUAUGCCCUGUCUAACUGUUUUUAAAGUCACCAUUGGCCUCAUGGUGAAAUCCUUGAGCGGUUUUCUUCCUCUUCGGCAACAGAGUUAGGAAGGAUACCUGUAUCUUUGUAGUGACUGGUCAAGGGGUGUGACUACUUUCUGAAGGCACUGUAUACUGCUGUUGAAUGCAGAAACAACCAACUACCCAGAAGACCAUCACUCUCUUACCUACAAAUCAUUUAAUUUUAAAGCUGCAAUAUGUAACUUUUUGGGUGACCUGUCCAAAUUCAUAUAGAAAUGUGAGUUAUAGAUCUGUCAUUCUAAUUGAAAGCAAUUCUAAGAAGCGGUAGAUCUGUUCUAUGUGCGCUAUUUCUAUGCUUCCCGUUCUUAAAUUUCGUUUUUGCGUCUUUCUUUCGGUUUUGUACACCAGCUUCAAACAACUGAAAAUACAACAUUUUUUGGUAAUGGAAAAUAUAUUUCAGUGGUUUAGAUGGUAAUAUGAUUCUCUAUGCUAUAAUUGCUUGUCUCACAAACGGAAAUUAGGCUAACUGUGAAUUUUAGCAUCCAGGAAAUUGUGACACGGUUUCUGCAUAUUGCACUUUUAAAUAUUAGCCUAAAAAUAAAAACCUUAGGUAAAUAUUCUCAUAGCGGAAGGCAGAAAAGUCAACAACAAAAAAUGCUGAUAGUGAUUUAAUAUGUAGCAGAGCCAGCUGUAGUUGGCCUCCAAUGCCACAUUCUCUGUCAGAUAAAAUGUAGUCAGCCUGCACUGGAGUAUCCUUUGUACUGGCCAUUCAUAUUUAAAGUUCAGCUACAGUAGAGGCGCUACUGUGGACUGUCAUGUGGUUUACCUCAGAAGGGAAAUUUCAGGGGUGUAUUCAGUGAGGUGAAGCAUUAUAAAUAUGUAAGCUGUGAUUUUGCAGUAGCAAGUUGGCUUUGAAAAAGUAAAAGAGGAGACUUGAAUUCCAGGAUCCGGUCAAAGUAAAAGUUUGAAUAAAGAGCUUUGUGGUCAUGUGAAAAUGCAAAAGGCCUGAUGGUGAAAAGGCAAGUGGCUAAAAACCAAAACCAAGGCAAUAGCAUCGUGGUAGCUCAUGGCUCAAAAGGCACAUUCUCCUUCGGAGUCUGAACAUUUAUAUAGUCAUUCUGAAUUACGUAUAUGCAUCAUUACAGAUGUUGGUUGAUGUAAACCUGAUACAACUUUCAAUUGAACAGUGAGACAUCUGCUACUUUGGGUACAGAGUGAAAAUUCAGUAGUUCAGUAAGUUCAAGAUUGGAUUGUCAGUUCCUGAGGCAUAUAGAUUGAAAGCACUUGUAGACCUUUACUUCAGGCCGUUUUUAAGUUGUGUAAGCAAUUAAACAGGCUAAUCAUAUUAUGAUUCUAAGCAAAAAUAUGAGGAGGUGGUGGUUGUCGAUCUUGUUCGUCGUCAGGCAUCCGGCUGGCCCCCACAAAUAGAACAUUUAGAAAUGCAAUCUGACUCAACUCCCAAUUCUACAUGUCAUGACACUCAUACCUGUACAAAAUAAAAAAAAUUAUCUAAAGUUUCUUAAAUGUUACACCCUCCUGGACAGGCCCCAGAUGUAGUUGGUCUCCGUUCACAAUGACCUGGUUCUCUUUUCCCUCUUCUCUCCCUACCUCAGGCCACUAACGAGGUGGUGGGUCGUGUGCCCAAAGCCACCCAGACGGAGAUGCUGGCUGCAGUAGACUCCUGCUCCAGGUCCUACGCCUCCUGGUCCGAGACUUCCAUCCUCACCCGCCAGCAGAUCUUCCUCCGAUACCAGCAGCUCAUCAAGGAAAACAUAGUAAGGAAUGCCCCUGGUCUGAAAUCGGGCAUCCAUAGGAGUGGUUCCCAAAUAUUUAGUUCAGUGUGAUCAAUUGAAUGCCUUUUGAACUGUAUUGUGAACCGUGUUCCGCAGAAUAGCUGCAAACAUGUCUUAGCAAUAGCCGGGUCCUAAAACAAUGUUUUAUCAAAGAUGAUUGGCUAAUUUAUUUAUUUUCUUCUAUGUUUACAGAAAGAGUUGGCCAGGCUGAUCACCCUGGAGCAAGGCAAGACUCUAGCCGACGCGGAGGGAGACGUUUUCAGAGGACUGCGUGAGUAGACAGUCACCUUCAGUAGGCAUGGGAAACGGGAGAAAAUGUUUAUUUGAAACAGGGAGAGAUGGCUACUACAAGAACUUGUCCAAUAAAAAAAGUCUUAUUUUAGUUCUCUGUAGUGUGUAUUGGGGUCUCUGUUUCUCUUGAUCUCCUUUAGCACCACAUGUAUUUGACCCUCUGCCCACCACUUGUAUCUUUCACUCUUACUCUGAUCUCUACCUCCACAUGUACUGUUUGACCUUCUACUCCCUGGUUUUGCUCACAGUCUCUCUGCUCCUCUCUGCCCCCUAGAGGUGGCAGAGCACGCCUGCAGCAUCACCUCCCUGAUGAUGGGGGAGACUCUGCCCUCUGUCACCAAAGACAUGGAUAUCUACACCUACCGCAUGCCCAUCGGGGUGUGUGCCGGCAUCGCCCCCUUCAACUUCCCUGCCAUGAUCCCUCUGUGGAUGUUCCCCAUGGGCAUGGUGUGUGGCAACACAUACCUGAUGAAACCCUCUGAGCGCGUCCCAGGGUGCACCAUGCUGCUGGCCAAGCUGCUGCAGGAUGCAGGGUUGCCCGACGGGACCCUGAACAUAAUCCACGGACAGCAUGCUGGUGAGAGGGGGCAGUGUGUGUUUAUUAGUCUUUAUAAAACAUGCUAUGUGUGUCCUGUUUCACAGGAUGCAAAGAAGCACGCUAUGCUGAUCGUGUGUUAGUUAGUGCUGUGUCUACAGGACCAUUCAAAGACUACCGAUAUACCUCAAGCAUUAUGUUAAACGCUUAGCAUAAUGUGUGUAGGUACAUGUAUUUAAGUGCGUUAGGGGAGAGGAGUCCAUAUAAGAAACACCAAGGGGAUUACACCGCCAUCUUGUGCCCUUACAGUGCCAUGUAAAUAAUGAUGCUGAGUGAAAUUAUAUGACCUUUGACAUCUUUCUGUAGCUGUGAACUUCAUCUGUGACCACCCUGCCAUCAAGGCCAUCAGCUUUGUGGGCUCCAACCAGGCAGGAGAGUACAUCUACGAGAGAGGAUCCAAGAACGGCAAGAGAGUGCAGUCCAACAUGGUAAAUAUGAUGACCAACCACUGUUCUAUGAAUGGGGUCAAUUGGGGAUUAAAUGACUGAAGAAUCCCUUACGCAUUUAGGGAAACAUGUCUGCCUUAAAAGUGCAAUAUGCAGAAAUCGCUCCGCCAUUUCCCAGUUGCUAAAAUUUGAAUAGUUCACCUAAUUUCAGUUUGUGACAAAACAAGUGUGUAGACAAUCAUUCUACCAUCUUAACCGAUGUGAAAUAUAUUUUCAAUAUCCAAAAAUAUUGUAUUUUCAAUUGUUUUGUAGUGUUCAAAACCGAAAGACGCAAAAACAAAACUUCGGAAUGGGAAGCAUAGAAAUAGCGCACAUAGAACAGACAUGCCACUUAAACAUUCUUUCAAUGAGAAUGACAGAUCUAUAACUCACUUUUCUAUGUGAACUUGGUCUGGUCACCCAAAAAGUUACAUAUUGCAACUUUUAAAUAGUUUACCGUGUACUUAACCAUACUGCAAGAUGAAUAGUUAUACUUCAUUAUCAAGGCUGAGCCAGUAGAUGGCUGUAGAUCCUUGAGUUUUUUUCUUGAGAUACUUAUUGUUUAGGACUACUGUAUGUCUUUGCACAUUCCUAAAAUGUAUUGCAGUAAAAGUAACAACCUGUGUGUUCUGGCUUGUAGGGAGCUAAGAACCACGGUGUGGUGAUGCCUGACGCCAACAAGGAGAACACGCUGAACCAGCUGGUGGGCGCGGCCUUCGGCGCAGCAGGACAGCGUUGUAUGGCUCUCUCAACUGCCAUUCUGGUAGGCGAGGCUCGUGAUUGGCUCCCAGAGCUGGUGGAGCGCUCCAAAGCCCUGCGCGUCAAUGCAGGUACCUCACCCUUUUACCUAAAAGACUCAAUACUCCCUGUGUGAAUUUAUGACUUGCUAGUUUUUUUCUUGCACAUCUCCAGUUUUUUUUUUUCCCAUGUGAAAAAAUACCUUAGUUAAUCAAACAUUUGAAAUAGUACAUCUAAUAUGACCGCCAGCACCAGUCCACAUACCGUAUCGUGCAAUAUUGCUCAGAAUUGGAAUGUCCAUCCUAUGAAUUCUAAUUCCAUGUUUUCUUCCUCUGUGUGGGUGUAUCUAGGUGACCAGCCAGGUGCUGACGUGGGUCCACUGAUCUCCCCUGAGGCCAGGGCCCGUGUUGAGAUGUUGAUCCAGAGUGGCGUGGACGAGGGAGCUACGCUGCUGCUGGAUGGACGCAAUGUCCACGUCAAAGGAUAUGAGAACGGAAACUUCGUAGGACCCACCAUCAUCAGCAACGUUACAGUAAGGGGGGUGGGGUCUAUGGAACCCACCUGGCUUUGAACCUGGGUCAGCUGACUGAUUAACUGUCAGUAGCUGAGCUAAAGCCAAGGUUUCCUCAUCUACAAGUAUUCAGGUUACAUUAUUACAUUACAUCAUGUAACUUUUGGUGAACCACCGCACCUCUAUACUUAAGCAAUAAGGCACCUUGGGGGUUUGUAGUAUAUACCCAAUAUAGCACGGCUAAGGGCUGUUCUCAACCAAGGCACAACGCGGAGUGCCUGGAUACAGCCCUUAGCCGUGGUAUAUUGGGUAUAUACUACAAACCCCCAAGGUGCCUUAUUGCUAUUAUGAACUAUUAUAAUUACCAACGUAAUUAGAACAGACAAAAUACAUGUUUUGUCAUACCCGUGGUACACGGUCUGAUAUACCACAGCUUUCAGCCAAUCAGCAUUGAGGGCUUGAACCACCCAGUUUAUAAUUGGUCUUCUUUUUUUUUUAUCACUGGAGUAUUUCACAACAACGCUGAACCUUGGUACAGUGGAAAUGACACUUUAACAUAAAGGAGCUAAACAUUAACAAACUUCCGACAUACCUGCAGUAGCUCUGUUGUAACUCACUGUUACAGUAGCAUAGGAGUAUUUAACCCUUGUCCUGCAGUACUAGCUAACUAAAGCCCCCUCUUGUGGGCAGGGGUUGGAACCACAUUAAUUUAUUUUCCAACUGUUCUGUUCUGAGCAGAACCCCUAUUUUAUUUUGUUCCGACAAGCAUAAAGUUCUGAACCGGUUCAAACCCCAGAAAACUAACAGUUCAUGUUUUUUUUAUUUUUUACAUUGUGAAAUCAAGAUCGUUUUUACAUUUAGCGCAUUCAUUUACUCCACCAAUUUUACUGGUAGGGAGAGCAAGAGGAGUGGACAUGGAGGGGGCAUGCUUGAAGCGCUGGGCAUCAUGUCAUGAAUUGGAAUGUGUUUAGGCUAUAACUAGCAUCGUAACAUCACUGAAAUAUGUCUAUCACUACACAUUAGAAAUAUUUAUGGAACAAUAAAUAACAUUAAAAUAACGGUUCUGUUCCGGAACAUUAGAGAUCCAUUUCUGUUCCUCAAUGUUCUUCUUUUUCAUUUUUGGUUCAGUUCCCUGAAACGGGUUCAACCCCUGCUUGUAGGUUAAUAAUGUCUGGCUGGAGUUAAGCCUGACUUGACCAGUGAUGUCUGUCUGCUAUAUGGAGAACAUGCCUGAUAAAUAAUUAGACACAUUGAUGGUUGUGUAAUCUUGUCCAUAUGGAGAGGAGAUAACACAAAGUGCCUUUGUCAACCUGACUGUGUUCUGCUGUAAGUUUUGGCAUGUGUACGUUCCCAUGGCAACUUUACACUUUUUCUCAUGUUCACUAUCCUUCAGGUUUUCGGGUGUGAAUCUUCAACUCGUACAGUUCUGUGUAUCCACUUCCAUAACCAUUGUCAUACCACUUCACUUAUUAUAUUGGAUCUUUCCUUUCAAAGCUGAUUUGCCUUCAACUCAUUUGGCAGGCCUGCAAUAGUAAUACAUGAUAGUCCACUCAUUCUCUAUUCUUUACAUAAUAUCUUGUAGAACAUUGACAGGGAGUUUCAUCUCAUGCUUUUCCACUCCUCCUCACCCCAGCCGGCGAUGAAGUGCUACACGGAGGAGAUCUUUGGGCCGGUGCUGGUGGUUCUGGAGGCAGACACUCUGGACGAUGCAAUCUCCCUGGUCAACAACAACCAGUAUGGCAAUGGAACCGCCAUCUUCACUACCAACGGCGCUACCGCCCGCAAGUACACACACGAAGUGGAUGUUGGACAGGUGAGCCAUAGUUCAACGUUCAGAGAAUUCCAGUAGGUGCUUAGGGAAGUAAGACUUGUGUGAUUUGAUGUCAAGUAUUGCAAGUGGUUUCCCAUUGAUCAUUGGAUGACUUAAUUUCCUGAUAGAUGGGUGAUUCAUAGCUUGUGGUGACUCAGUGGGGGUUUAAUCUGCUUUUACUGGGAUUUAAGAUUCUGAGGGACAACCAUCUAUUGUUCACAGCAUGAUUUUGCAACAAUGCACAAGGCUUUUUCAUGGAUCCUUCAAGCUGUAAUUUCUAUGUCGACGUUUAGCUCAUGAUUCAUAAUGUGAUCUGUGUGUCUGUCAGAUUGGCGUGAACGUGCCCAUACCCGUCCCCCUGCCCAUGUUCUCCUUUACCGGCUCCAGAGGUUCCUUCAGGGGGGACACCAACUUCUACGGCAAACAGGUUAGCUCAACACCGGCAACGACCAGCACAAGCCCACAAAACGUUUCUCACCCACCGAUUUUAUUAUACGACCAUAUUGAUCCUACGUUUUUUCAGACAACUAUAUAUGAGGUGGAAGAUUUCUAUGGUUGACAGUCUCUUCUGUGUUCUUGCUACAGGGCAUCCAGUUCUACACUCAGAUCAAGACGGUGACAUCACAGUGGAAGGCUGAGGACGCCACGACUAAGGUUGCAGCCGUUACCAUGCCAACCAUGCGCUAAACGGAAUGUACGCUCGUAAAUGUGGUGUUCUCUCCCUGGCACAACGUUCUACACACUACUGACAUUCAAGGGGCUAGCAGCCAAGGAGUAUGAACAACUGAUACAACGUUAUUGCAGUCAUGUAAUAUGUUUUAUGCCGAGUGUACUAUAUGAGCAAAGCUUUUGUAAUUUGGAGUUUGACCCUGUUAAUGAAUGUAGUGGUGGCAGAUUAAAUCUGAAAUGCACUGUUACUAUAGCCUCAAACCCUUCUGUUUAAACACUAGACAUAUGCUGCUCCUGGGAGUUCCUUGAGAACGAUGGACUACGUGGAAUGCAAAGGGUGAGAGAAGGUCUCUGUUGCACAUAGGCAAAGAUCUAGGAUCAGUACUCCCCUCGCAUCCUAACUAUAACCAUUAGGAGGGGAACAGCGGCACACUGACCGUAGAUAAGUGCUUCACCCCAGUCCCACAGCCAUCAUGGUCAUUAGUGUCCCCAACCUGUGGAACAGAGACACUGUCAGUGUUAGUAUUUGUGAGUGCAUUCGAAAAAUCCAAUUUGUGACGUGUCCUGUUUUACAUGGAAUAAAGAUGUCCAUUGAAUACUGUUGCUAAGCAUACUUCUUCCUAUGCCUCAUCACUGAG